UUGGAUCUGAUUCACACAUCACGCUUCUUUCUUCUGUCCAGGAUGAGUUUUGUCGUGCUGGUGCUUCUGUGCGCUCUUACCGGGCUGGUGUUCGGGGACAGUAAACCCAAGACAUGCUCGGACCUCAGGCAGUUCUACAGCAGCAAGGGGUUCAGUCUGAACGGAGUCCCGCAAACAGAAAUAUUCGGUGAGCACCUGCGGGUUUGUUCUCAGGGUUACACCUGCUGCACGUCUGGGAUGGAGGAGAACCUCCUGAACCUGAGCCGACGAGAGUUUGAGACUCAGGUGAAGGAGUCUGGACGCACCUUACAGGCCUCGCUCAACGGCCAGUUCAAGAGCUUUGACGAUUAUUUCUUGGAGCUGUUGAACCGUUCUGAAGCAUCACUCCAAACCUCUUUCCAGGCCGGGUUUGGCUCUCUCUUCUCCCAAACCGCAAAGGUGUUUCAGGAUCUGUACUCCGACCUUCGGCACUACUAUCGUGGGUCCAACGUCAAUCUCGAGGAGGCCCUGAAUGAAUUCUGGGCCCGUCUGCUGGAAAGACUCUUUAAAGCUUUAAACACUCAGUACAUUAUUGGAGAGGAGUAUCUGGAGUGCGUAGCCAAGCAAUCAGAAACACUGAAGCCGUUGGGAGACACGCCGAGAGAGCUCAAGACCAAAAUCACACGCACGGUUAUUGCAGCCAGAACGUUUGCGCAGGGUCUGGUGAUCAGCGGCGAAGCCGUCCGGAAGGUUUCACAGGUGUAUAUGAGCACUGAAUGUGUGCACGCCAUCAUGAAGAUGUCAUACUGUCCUCACUGUAGCGGCGUGGCUUUUGCCAAACCCUGCUCAAACUACUGUAGGAAUGUCAUGAAGGGCUGCCUCGCCAAUCAAGCGGAUCUAGACUCUGAGUGGAGGAACUUGGCAGAUGCUAUGCUGGAAGUAGUUGACAAACUGAGCCGGCCUUACAGUGUGGAUUCGGUGGUUCUGUCUCUGCCAAAACGCAUUGCUGAAGCUAUUCUCUACAUGCAAGACAACCUCAACACGUUCAACAAUAAGGUGUUUCAGGCAUGUGGUUCUCCUGUUCAGAGCUCCAAUUCUGAGGACCAGAUCAAGCGAGGGACAAACACAGCAGAAGAAGUGAGCGGCACCCCAGGAGCCCAGCUGGAGAAACUGUUAUCCGAUGUGUCCAGAAUGUUGAGGGAUAUGAUGCAGUACUGGGUCCAUUUGCCCAGAAAACUGUGUGUGGAUCGCGAGUCUGGACCGAGUGAAACAGACAGAUGUUGGAACGGAAUGAAUGUGGAUAGGUAUCUGCCAGACGUGAUGGGAAACGGAUUGGCCAGUCAGAUCAAUAAUCCUGAGGUGGAGAUUGACAUUACCAAACCAGACAUGACUGUACGCAAACAGAUCAUGCAGCUUAAGAUAAUGAUCAACCGACUGAAGUACGCCAUCAAUGGAAAUGAUGUGGACUUCCAGGACACCAGUGAUGAUAUCAGCGGUUCAGGAAGUGGAAUGUGUGCCGACGAUCAGUGUUCUCGUGAUACACGUUUAUCGGCCCCAAACACGGACAAACCCAAUGUAUACGGCUAUCCGUCAGAGAACAAGAAGGUGGUGAAAGGAAGAAGCAGCCAGAACCUUCCUUGCGUCAGCCUCUGCCUUCUCUCACUGGUCACAGUCUUGCUCAGGCGAUAAUUGACAGGCAAUUCCACCAACUGGGACUACUGAGUACAGGACUGGGUUGGAUUGUGGAGGGGCGGGGUUAGUCACAUUGCCAAAACAAACAUGCAAACAUCAACAGAAACUGGCAAUCACUUUUUUUUGUGUUGAAUAAGAACACCAUGGAAUAUUCAUAGAUCUGUGUACUUUUUUGUAUCUUAUUUGAUAUAUGACACCCCUAGAGCUGGUCUUUUGCUUGUCUUUAUGUCUGUGGUGAAAAAGUUCUCUGAGAAUGCGCCAAUCUGUAACAAUAGCUAUGAAAAUCCACCCCAACAAACAAAAUGCUGGUUUUUCCUUAUUCAAAAAUCAUUUUAGAUUAUAUUUAUUUAUUAAUUAAGAUCCAUAGCUUUAAGUCGUCUCUGACCCCUCAAGCUUGAGAAUGUCCUUCAGCACUCGAUCAAAGUGAACAAAACAUCUAAAAGAACCGUGUGUUCUUCUUAUCUUUGUUUUAAGGCUUUUCUAAUCAUAAAAACAAGCUUUACUGAGUCUUGUUU